AUGAAACUAUUUAUCAAUUAUGAUAAUUUUGUUCAAUAUGUCGAUCAUUUUGAUGAUGGCGAGAACAACCAAUUUUAUAUUGUCACCAAAUAUUGCACUGGUGGUGAUCUCGAACAAAUUAUUAAAUUAAGACUUCAAGACAAAAAGUGGAUAGAUGAAAAAAGUAUAUGGUCAUAUACUUCACAAGUAUUCAAAAUGUUGGAACAACUUGAAAGCAAGAAUAUUCUCCAUUUAGAUAUAAAACCUUUUAAUUUAUUUCUUGGAGAAAAUGGACAGUUGAUGCUUGGUGAUUUUGGUGCUUCAAAAUAUAUUUCAGAAACACAAAGGGAAGCCAAAGAUGAAAAAGAAAAUACUAUAGAAAUCAAUAACUACUAUAGUAGUGUUCACGGGACUGAGGGGUAUCUAUCUCCGGAGGCCACACUUAGACAAUAUGGAAAACUGUCAGAUAUUUAUUCUCUUGGAUCAACUAUUCAUAAAUUAUUAUGUUGGUAUAAUAAGGAAAUUAUAAUUUCAUCGGAAAGAUAUUCAAAUGAGUUGAUAGGAUUUGUCAACAAAUUAUUAGAGCCAAAACAAGAAGACAGGGUAUCAUUGGAUAAUACAAUCAGAGGAAUGAAUAGAAAUGACCCACGAUUGGUGUACCAACUAUCCAGUCCUAUUAAAGAACCAAUACCAAACAAUAUAACAGAGUUGGUUCUAACGGUUUAUAAUCACCCAAUAGAAGAGAUCGAUCUCCCAAGUGGUCUUUCAAAACUAAAGCUAUUAGGACGAUUUAACCAACCAAUUAAAAAAGAACCAUCAUUGCCAAAGCUUCAGAUGUUGGUUUUGGGACCGUUAUUUGACAGUGAAAUAGAACAAGGCUCACUUCCAACGAGCUUGGAAAUUUUUAUAUGUUCAAAUAAGAGAUUGAACAUCGAUUUAAACCCAAUUAUAUCAUCAUUACCUCAACUCAAACAUCUUACCUAUUACAGAAAUUUAAUAGAUCCACCACCAAAAUCACUCAUUAGUUUAACAACAACCAACCGAUACAAUAUUGAUCGAAAAGACAUCGAAACCUAUAUCAAUUGUGAUGAUUGUGCCUACACAUCAUUGACCAAAUUUAUACCAGAGUAUUUAUGUAUUAAUGAUAUUACAUUGGUCAUUGGAAACACACAAUAUGGUCAAGGUUAUAUCCAAAUGCACAACGAACAAUUAAAGUGGAUUUCACCAACUAAAGGUAUUCAAUUCACAAUAUUUAUGGAUUCAAUUCGAGUGGUGUCAUUUAAAUCAGAGUCACAUAUUUACUGUCAAAUAGAUAAAAACAAUUCAAACCAUUUCGAACAAGAUAAUCAAUACCAAUUAAAUGAAGAUUGUGGAGUUGGCUGCGGCCCUGAAAUCAAUAACUUGUUCCACGAAUUUGAAAAUGAAAAUAUACAUGGUGUAUUCAAUGAUCAUAUGUAUCUUAAUAUUAGAUUUAUUCAAAGUAGACAGUCCCCUAAUAUUGAAAUGAAUAAAUGGUCAUCACUCGAGGGAAAACAAUACUUGUCAUCACCUUUCAAUAUCCACUUUAUCAACCAAACAGACAAAGAUUUAAUAGUCUUUGUUCAAGAUAACCCAAAAAACUACAUCAAGGAGGUUUAUCUUAAAACAAAUGAUUUAGAAAGUCGUGUAUCAUGUCGUUCAUUGGAAUUGGACCGAAACAAUACAAUUUUUUUCAAUGCAAUCAACACAACAAUACAGUAUACUGUAUUUAUUCAAGAACCCAAUGGAAACCAAGACCAAUUGUAUUAUUGUAUUUGUGAAGAAAUAACCAAACUUUACAAAUAUGAAAAUCCAACAAAUAUUAUCUUUAAACAAACAACAAAUAAUAAUAAUAAUAAUAAUAAUAGUUUUGGUAUUAAUAACCAAAUUAGAUGUUCUGAUCAUGUUAUACAUAUUGAUCCAUCAAAGACUAUCAAAUCUAAACAACAUUUUAUGUACCUUUUAGAAACAAAUCAAAUACAAACUGCUUGA